AUGUCCUUCAUACUCCAGCCAGCAAACGAGGACGAUCUCCCGGAGCUCAUCAACAUUCAACUCGCGGCUUUCGCGGACGACCCAUUCUACAUUCUCCUCUACCACGGCCGUCCGAAUGGCCCGGAGGUCCGUCAAGCCGUGAUCGAGCAGACGCGAUCUCAAUGGCGCGAGGAUCUGACUCUGCGUGCCGUGAAAUGCGUCGAUACCUCUACUAGCCAGAUCGUGGGAUUUGCGAGCGUGAGGAUCGUGAAAGACCCAGACAUGGCCACUCAAGCCCCGGCAAAGGAUGAGGGGAAUGACGAGAAGGGCGCCGUGAAGGGGAACCUGAAGAAUCAGAAACUUGCUGUUCCGUUCACUGAUAUUAAGGCACGGAUUUGGGUAGAUGGGGAAUCAUAUAUCUCUUUCGGCGUCCUAGCCGUACACCCGACCCACCAACGCCGCGGUCUGGGCACCAAACUCGUUCAAUGGGGCCUCAAGAUCUGCGACGAGGCUGCUCUACCUGGGUACAUCACGGCUAGUCCAGCGGGAGCAGACUUGUAUGCUCGUCUUGGCUUUCAGCGAGUGGGCGACGUUGUAAACAAGGCGAGUGACUUUGAAGGGUUAACGGAGGAUCUGGUGAGCGUGUGUAUGGUCUAUGGUACCGAUGAAGCAAGACUAGCGGGCAUGCGGGUGCGAGUGGCGAAGACGGAUGGGCCCACAGGUUAA